ACAAAGUGGUUCUCGUUCAUAAGGAUUCAGCAGUAUAUUUUAUUGCUGAAAAGUAUCAUGCCUUGCGUAUUCCUGACAUGGGUGUUUACAGCCUCACACUGAUGCAGAGAAGGUACUGUUGUAUUAAUCAGGAGAAUCUGCUUGAUUACUAUCCCUUGCCUGAGUACACUGUCCAUGGCACACCACUGAGAAUUCUUCAUCAUUCUUUCCCUCUAGUCCAGAAUGAUGGUGAACAUGAGUGAAGAAAUCAAAGAGAUCAUCUCCAAGACCUGAAUCUCCAAAAUCUGUCUGAAGAAACCAAGUGGCAAAUAAUAUCGUAACUUCAGAGCUCUGGCUUGGAGUCAAAAGAAGACUUAAAAUAUGUACAACAGGAAGACAUUGCUGAUCUGUUACCUGUUAUCCAGCGCAGAAAACUCCUGGAUGCAUUUAAAUUAGGUACUGUAUGGUUAAUUUCGUCAUGUUCAACAGGCAAGAAACAGUGAGCCAAGCAACAGACCUUCCACAUCUCAGAUACUGAAAACAGGGCCAGAAACAUUCCAGGUCCCUUGGGAACAAAUGCCACAGGAAAUUCGUUCUGCAAUUGCAGAUGGCAAGAGACCUAAACCAGUGGAGCGGCACCAGAUGGUACGAGUACUUGUGGAUGAAAUGAGAAGGUAUGAAGCUAACCCCACUCGUGCACAAUGCUAAACUGUGGUUCGAAAUAUCAUCAGGCAGUAUCCAAAGAGUUUUGCUGAUACUGCACCAGAUGGGUCACUUCUGUGUGGAGGUUAUACUUCACUUUUGAUUCAAUUAAAAAACCGCAUUGAGAAUGUGAACCGUGAUGGAAGCUUCUCAUGCCAACGAUCCUCUACAGGCAAGAGGGGCCCAACUGACACUUAUAGAUGUACACGAUUUCAGCCAGAGCUACCCCCAGAAGAAACUAAUGACACUGUGGAGCAGCACCACCAGAGACUGGAGGAGAUUUACAGACAGGAGGGUGCAGGUGGAGCAGAAAGAGCAGAAGUUAAAAAUCUAAUGGAGCUCACAUUCUCUCUACAACGUCGCCAUAUAAAUGCACUUCCACCACCUGACAUUGAAGAUUUGAAAAGCAAAUGGCCUUUUCUUUUCGUGCCAAGGUAUAUAUAUAUAUAUAAAAAUAUAUAUAUAUAUAUAUAUAUAUAUAUAUAUAUAUAUAUAUAUAUAUAUAUAUAUGCACAUUUUGAGUUGCUCACAGACAUCAAUGUGCUUCGUAGCUUGGAACUCAGUAUGGAGGAAUGUGGAAGAGCCAUCACAGAAUACUUCUGGGGAAAACCUACCAACAAGGAUGUCAAGGAUAUCCUCUGUAAUGGUGAAAAUAAUGAGAUGGCACUUCGUGUUGUUCAGCUGCUCAUGGCACACUUUGGAGAGGACCUAACCGGGCUGAUCCUUCUUAUAGAUUUUCAGGUGCAACAGGCUGUCACAUUUAAGGGUUGGAUGAUCACCUUUGAGGGCCGUGUAAUCUCUGAAGGCAUCACACAAACAUUUGCAAAGGGACUUGCUGCUAUGUUUGCAAUCUACUACAUAUUCAACCUUCAGUAUCAAGAUGAGGCAGCCUGCACCCUGGAAUUUAUUCAGAGGCGCUUCAUUGGUAUAAAUCCAGAGAGAGGGACAAAGGCGAAAAGGGGCGAGGUUGUCUCCAAGAAGAAAGGUGUGAUCGUCCAGAAGUCUUCUGCAUUCAAUACACAUGUCGCUAUGCUACUGAAGAAUCUCCUUGACUUUGAAUGGAACUUCAUAUAGAUCGUGGCAGCACUGGAAAAAUGCCGCAGAGAGGGACAGCGGCUACCAAAGUGAUGGUCAUCUCUCCUGAAUCCACAAGAACUAAAAUCAGAUGUAAAAACACAAGCCUACCUCACAGGACAAUUUUAAGAGGUAACCUGCAAGUCUAGCUUGCAGUGGCACAGGUGCCUACCUUAUGGUUUCAUCCCUAAAUGUUUUUUAUUGAUGCAUCGUGUCAAAAUGUUCAAUAAUAGUUUCAAAAUGUUCUUAAGUAUGUUUUCAAAAUGUUGCCAAUUCUGCAUAUGUUCAAAUGUUAUUAUGAAAGUAUAUUUUCACAGACAGCAGAGAAUAUAUUGCAGAUUACAUAUAUAAAUAUUUUAAGUUUACUUUUGAGGAAAUAUUAAUCUAACUCACAGGAAUAUCUUGAGAGGAAAAACAUGAGUCUGUGGGCUUUUUUCCCCAAAAUGAGCCAAAGAUGCCUGCAUGCUGAAUGUUUCUACUCGUGUUAUAAAAAAGGUCUUAAUGUUCUUUAAAUAGCCUUAAUAGUGUAGUUUUCCAAAUAUUGCUAAUGUGUAUUUGUUGGUCCUAUUGUGUUAUUCAAGGUAAAGCUUAAAUUACUGUAGAUAAGAUAAAUCACUUAUGACAAUAAUUUGGUAAGUGUUCAAACUUAUGUCUUAAAUAAAAAAGUCAACUAAAUGUUAAGCCCUUCACAUAUGGUUAGGAUUAUGGUCAGUAUCUGACGGGCAAUUUAAGAAUGUAAGUUUAUUACCAUAGUCUAAAGCAGACACUACUGUUUCUGUUUGCUACUAGAAAGCUCUUCUCAGCAUCGUCCAACAGGGUUUAUUUUCUUUCUUUUUUCAUGUUGACAUUACUCUUUGAA